AUGACACUCCGAAAUGAACUUGGCCCACUCGAUAACAAAGUUGUUGCGCUCAUUAUGACGCUCAUUAUGACAGAAAUUUCAACAAACCUCAUGUCGCCUAACAGUAUCUCUUUUGACCUCAAGAGUAUCUUCACCGCUGCUUUGGAGGGAGCCAAGGAACGAAGUCGGAAUUAUGCCAAUAACAGCAUGAAGCCAGAAGCGUUUGCCAAGCAACUUGUUCAAGCUAUCCUGGCUAAGGUUGAAAAGAGAGAGUUCCUGUGGAAAGGGAUCAAUGCUUGGGUGAUUUGGUUUUUGAAUCUUGUUGGGUGGAGCAACAUGCUGGACAGCGUCGUCAAAAGGAUGAUCGGCUUUGAAAUUAAGAAGCCCGAUUCUACUCUUGAGAAAGUGACAAAACUCUGA